AUGGACGGCCGUUUAGACGCUGACUUGUACCCUCUGGGAUCCGGCUACGUCCCUGAAAUUGAAAGUGUCCAUGACAUAUCAGUAGGCACGAAGAGAGGAUCUGACGAGCUCUUUUCUUCCUGCAUAUCCAACGGCCCCUAUAUCAUGAACCCAGCCAAUGGCAACGACAGCAAAAAAUUCAAGGGUGACGUCCGCAGUCCUGGUGUUCCAUCACGUGUGGUUCAUCUACGAAAGCUGCCCAGCGACAUAAACGAGGCCGAGGUCAUUGGGCUCGGUUUGCCCUUUGGGAAAGUUACCAAUCUACUCAUGCUGAAAGGAAAAAACCAGGCAUUCCUUGAGCUGAACAGUGAAGAGUGUGCUCAGACCAUGGUGAGCUACUACUUGUCCGUGACUCCUGUCAUCAGAAACCACCCCAUUUACAUGCAGUACUCCACCCACAAAGAGCUGAAAACUGACAACUCCCCUAACCAAGUGCGUGCCCAGGCUGCUCUGCAGGCGGUCAAUGCUCUGCACGGUGGUGGUGGGAUCACCGGCAUGGCUAUAGCAGCAGACGCGAGCGGUCUCGCAGGCGGCACCGCUCAAAGUCCUGUUCUCAGAGUCAUUGUUGAGAACCUCUUCUAUCCAGUCACCCUGGAUGUGUUGCACCAGAUAUUUUCCAAAUUCGGCACAGUGCUGAAGAUCAUCACAUUCACAAAGAACAACCAGUUCCAGGCUCUCAUCCAGUAUGCUGACGCCAUGAUGGCCCAAAACGCCAAAUGUUUGGAUGGACAAAACAUCUACAAUGCCUGCUGUACCUUAAGAAUCAGCUUCUCCAAGCUGACCAACCUGAACGUCAAAUAUAACAAUGACAAGAGCAGGGACUAUACUCGCCUGGAUCUCCCCACUGCUGACACUCAGCCCACCCUGGAUCACCAGACCAUGGCCGCGGCCGCUUUUGCUGCACCGGGAAUAAUAUCUGCCUCUCCAUACGGGGGCGCUCAUUUCCCACCAACCUUUGCCAUCCAGCAAGCAGGUCUUGCAAUGCCUGGUAUCCCAAGCGCCUUGGCAUCUCUGAGCGUCGGGCACGGCGGCAUGGCCGCAGCAGCGGCCGCAGCCAGUCGCCUCAGCCUGGCCGGGCUCGCUGCUGCCGGCGGACACAACGUCCUAUUGGUCAGCAAUCUAAACCCGGAGAGCGUUACGCCACACUGCCUCUUUAUUCUUUUCGGUGUGUACGGCGAUGUGAUGAGGGUCAAGAUCCUGUUCAAUAAAAAGGAGAAUGCAUUGAUCCAGAUGGCAGAUGGCACCCAGGCUCAGCUAGCUAUUAGCCACCUGAAUGGCCAGCGGCUACACGGCAGAGCCAUCCGCGUUACUGUGUCCAAGCACACAACAGUGCAGUUACCGCGUGAAGGCCAAGAGGACCAAGGCCUGACCAAGGACUACAGCAACUCACCCUUGCAUCGCUUUAAGAAGCCUGGCUCAAAGAACUACUCCAACAUCUUUCCACCCUCGGCCACACUCCAUCUGUCCAACAUACCGCCUGCUGUGGUGGAAGAGGACCUCAAGAGACUUUUUGCCAGCUCAGGAGCCACAGUUAAAGCCUUCAAAUUCUUUCAAAAUGACCGCAAGAUGGCCUUGAUCCAGAUGGGCUCAGUGGAGGAAGCCAUCGAGUGCCUGAUUGAGUUCCACAACCAUGACUUGGGAGAGAACCACCACCUAAGAGUGUCUUUCUCAAAAUCCACCAUCUGA